CACCACGCCUACUCCGGUGACGUAAGCGCAGAACCAGCGUUUUGUUUGCGUGUGAGAAAGUCGGAGAGACACCGGAGCGUGAGAGCGACGUACCGACUACGCACUGCGUCACCACCAGCAGUCGUCGCAGCUUAGCCUUAUCGCUGCGAGCCAGCCACCCUUGUAGGGUCACCGGGCUUCUGUUACCUGGGCGGACUGAAAGCGGUUUCCACCUCUAGGCCUCAGUGUGUGAGCGGCCCAGCACAGACCCCGCGCCUGCCACAGCUCCGGACACCUCCUUGCCUCGGCUGGCAUGGAGGAGAUAGUCGUCAACGACAAGAAGAGGGUUAGUUCAGAGCGCCGGAAGGAGAAAUCCCGAGAUGCAGCAAGAUGUCGGAGAAGUAAGGAGUCUGAGGUCUUUUAUGAACUCUCCCACCAGCUGCCAUUGCCUCACAAUGUCACCUCGCACCUGGAUAAAGCCUCCAUAAUGAGACUCGCCAUCAGUUACCUGCGCAUUAGAAGGCUACUUGAUUCUGGUGACUUGGAUGGGGAAUCUGAAAUGGAGAAGCAGCUCAAUUGCUUUUAUCUAAAGGCGUUGGAAGGAUUUGUUUUAGUCCUGACUGAGGAAGGAGAUAUGAUUUAUCUAUCUGAGAACGUCAACAAGUGCAUGGGACUUACACAGUUUGAACUUACUGGGCACAGUGUGUUUGACUUUACCCACCCUUGCGAUCAUGAGGAACUGAGGGAGAUGCUGACCUUUAGAAAUGGACCAGCAAAAAAGGGUAAGGAACCAAUCACAGAGAGAAGCUUUUUCCUGCGGAUGAAGUGCACACUGACGAGUCGAGGGAGGACAGUGAAUGUAAAGUCUGCCACGUGGAAGGUUCUUCACUGUACAGGGCACAUGCGUGUAUAUGAUUCCUGCAACAAGCAGAGCCAUUGUGGAUACAAAAAGCCACCCAUGACUUGUAUGGUGUUGAUUUGUGAGCCUAUCCCACACCCAUCUAAUAUUGAGUUUCCAUUGGACAGUAAAACCUUCCUGAGCCGCCACAGCCUCGACAUGAAGUACUCAUACUGUGAUGAAAGGGUAACAGAAUUGGUGGGAUAUGAGCCAGAGGAGCUCCUUGGGCGCUCGGUGUAUGAGUAUUAUCAUGCCUUGGACUCUGACCACUUGACCAAAGCACACCACAACAUGUUCACGAAGGGACAGGUGACAACAGGGCAGUACAGAAUGCUGGCCAAACAAGGUGGUUAUGUCUGGGUGGAAACACAAGCCACUGUUAUAUACAACACCAAGAACUCCCAGCCGCAGUGUAUUGUGUGCGUUAACUAUGUGCUGAGUGGCAUUGUUGAGGGAGAGCUGAUAUUGUCCCUCGGCCAGACAGAGACCUCUCUUGUGUCUGCAGAGUCUUCCAAAAUAAAAAUGCCUCCAAUCUUCACUAAACUGGAUGAAGAGAGUGUCUCUGCGGACAGCCUGUAUGAUGAACUGAAAGGGGAACCGCAUUCACUCACUGUUCUUGCCCCAGAUGCUGGGGAUGAGAUCAUUACUUUGGACUUCAGUUCUAGCGAUUCUGAGCAGCAGUUUGACGAUGUCCCAUUGUAUAAUGAUGUAAUGCUCCACCCAACCAGUAAACCUGUAGAAAGCAUGUUGGUGUCACCGGUACCAGCUUCAGAGAAGCCGAAGCCCCUGCGCAGCGAUGCAGACCCAGCUCUCAAUAGGGAGGUGGUAGUAAAGAUGGAGUCAAGACCAGAACAACUGACGUUGGCAUUCACCAUUCCCCAGCUCUCCAAGUCCUCGAGCCCAUCACACAGCAGCAGCCAGACCGCUACAGAGCCCGGUACCCCCGCCGAGUAUUGUUUUGAGGUUGAUGGUGAAUUUUCCAGAGAGUUCAAGAUGGACUUGGUAGAGAAACUUUUUGCUAUAGACACAGAAGCAAAGACUCCAUUCUCUACACAGGAAACGGACUUGGAUUUGGAAAUGUUGGCUCCAUACAUCCCAAUGGAUGAUGACUUCCAGCUGAGAAGCUUCGACCAGCUUUCUGCCUUAGAGAGUGAAUCCGUGCAGCCUCUAGGAAUUAUGACCAAUCUGUUUCAGCCGUCCACCGCUCCCACCACUGCUGACUUAAAGCCAAUCACUACUGAAGCAAUGAAUGACCCAAAAACCAUCAUUGUCCAGUCACCAGCACGAGGGAUGAAGGAGAUCCCGAGUGCCCCAGCCUCACCAUAUAAUGGAAACCGCAGCCGCACAUGUUCUCCUGUACGGAUAGAUAAAACAGUAGAAAAGGACAGGUCCCGUCCCGGAACUCCAAAUAUACCUGCUCCAUUAACUAAAAGACCUGCAGUCCUGGAUGAGGAAUUAAAUCCUAAAAUGAUUGCAUUACAUAAUGUGCAGAGAAAACGUAAAAUCGAAAGUGAUAGCAAUCUGUUUCAAGCAGUGGGAAUCGAAGCAUUAUUCCAAACAAAUAUUGACCCAGGGCCAAGUUCUUCUCUCUUGUGGAAACGUGUAAAAGGUUCAGACCUUGAAAAGCCAACUGGUGCGGAGCAAAGAACAAUCCUCUUAUUGUCCACAGAUAUGGCCAGUCGAUUGCUUGGACAGUCAUUGGAUAGCUCUGGGCUUCCUCAGCUAACCGGUUAUGACUGCGAAGUGAACGCUCCCAUACAAGGAAACCGGAACCUACUACAGGGAGAGGAUUUAUUAAAGGCCCUCGAUCAAGCUAACUGAUUCUUAAUUUGUUCUACUUCUGGACACUUGUGAACCUUCUCCACCCAAAGCGUGUAUUUAUAUUUUCUAGACCUGAUAUUAGCAGCCUGUCUACAAGACCGCACAACUUCAGUUAGCACCAUUUCGAUUCCAGCCCUGCUCUCCUGUCCUCUCCAUGUUUUGGGUUUAUAUUUUUUAUUUUACAGUACAAAUCUCUUCUAGAACUAUCUAUCCAGAUACAUAUUCUUCAUACAAAUAUAUAUCAACGCAAGUUUUAAUACGCACCUUCUGUUUUAUUUUUGUUCAUGCUUGAUAGAAAUUGUCACAGAAAUUAAGUCCAAAUUUAUUCAUCUAUAUUUUCAUUGUUAUUCCAACAGAAUUUUAGCUUUUCUGUGAUUUAAGUGUUGUCCUUACAUCUCCUAUGUUGUUAUGCACAAGAAAGAACGCUUUAGCAGCGGUGCAUUGUAGUCAGUCGCACAAUAUAUAUUUUCUUAAGAAAACAAAAAAUACCAGCAGUUCUUUGCGCAAUAUUAUACGUUUUUAAAAUUUAGUUUCUAAAAGUAUCUUUUUGUGUUGGAUUCUUUUUAGUUUAUAUUGUCUCUUAUCAUGUUAAGGCCUGAUGUAUACCAUUGUUAAACAUUUUAUAUAGACUUGUUAAUGCAAUGUAACGGCAGAGAUUUAAAAACUAUUUAAUCACCACAUGGUUCGAAGAGGAUUCUAAACUGGUCAACUCAAAAUCACUUUGUAUAUUCUCUUUUAGAAAGGGAAUCUUCACGUUAGAAGACAAUGCAAAUUCCUUGCUUGUAGUUGUGAGAAUCCAUGCCAAUUGUAUAACUAUAUGAAAUCUAUAGUCUGCUGCCUACUUGUAGUAACUUCAAAAAAAUCAUGUAUUGCUAGCAGAACUGUAUAGUACAUCCAGUUUACAUGGUAUUUGAUUUUAUGCACUUUCUCCGCUGUCAACAUCCUCUUAUUUUUCUUUUUCUUUUCAUAUAAAGUUAAAUUUGUAAGACUACUUUUUAGAAACGUAAGGGUUAUUUUUUUUUUAUAUUUUUUUUCCCCCCGGAGGUUGUAGUAGUUACUUUCAGUAUCUGCUCAGUGUGAUUUGUAUGUGCAAAAUGUUUCUCCAUUUAUCCUUUUUGCUAUUUGUGGUUGGAUCUAACACUAACUGUAUUUUAUUACAUCAAUAAACAUACGUGGACCAGGCCACACAUGAUA